UAUUUCCUGUUAGGAUGUCUUAGUUUUGUAGUUCUUGUUUUGGUGACCUGUCAGCGUUGUAGUACAAGCUGUCACUGCUAAUACACUAUCCAUCUUCUCAGCGGUCGCUUAGUUGUCCCUACCGACGCAGCUGGAACCGGUUCUUUGGUCGCUCAUGGAGUUUUAUUCAUGCUAAUGAUGUCAGAUGGGCACCUAGCUAACGGUUUAAGCUAACUAACUUAGCCACACAACUUGACAGCUAGUUUUCGACGGCGGCUAGCGGCGUUAGCUAAGACCACUGGCAGGACGAGGUGUCGGAAUCCGCCCACCCUUUUAAAUCAGGGUUCCGGGACAAAGGAGUGCAUGAUGGCGGCCCAGAGCUCCAACGAGCUGGUGAUGUCCAGGAAAAGAAAAAGAGACGGCUCCAACGGGGAGACAGAGGAAGGGGAGCGAUUUGGGAAAAUCCCCAGAUGCACCGUGGGACUGAAAAACCCUGCGCCUUUUGCUGAUGAGCUCGAGCCAGCUGACAAAAAACCUUACCAGAGAGUCACCAUGGAAGAGGCUAAAAAGGGGACACCGCCCAACAGACCCGUCCGAGUCUAUGCAGAUGGCAUCUUUGAUGUUUUCCACUCAGGUCAUGCCAGAGCUCUGAUGCAGGCGAAGCGCCUCUUUCCAAAUUCACAUCUCAUUGUCGGAGUCUGCAGUGACGAGCUCACCCACAAAUACAAGGGCUUCACUGUGAUGAACGAGGAUGAGCGUUACGACGCCGUCAGACACUGCCGCUACGUGGACGAAGUGGUGCGAAACGCUCCCUGGACGUUAACGCCAGAAUUCCUUGCAAAACAUCGGAUUGAUUUUGUGGCCCACGAUGACAUCCCAUACUCAUCAGCAGGGAGUGAUGACGUGUACAAGCACAUUAAAGAAGCAGGCAUGUUUGCUCCCACCCAGCGGACAGAGGGCAUCUCCACCUCUGACAUCAUCACUCGCAUCGUCCGCGACUACGACGUGUACGUCAGACGCAACCUGCAGCGAGGUUACACAGCCAAAGAACUCAACGUCAGCUUCAUCAACGAGAAGAAGUACCACCUGCAGGAGCGUGUCGAUAAGGUUAAGAGGAAGGUGCGUGACGUGGAGGAGAAGAGCAAAGAGUUCGUCCAGAAGGUGGAGGAGAAGAGUAUCGACCUAAUCCAGAAAUGGGAGGAGAAGUCCAGGGAGUUCAUUGGCAACUUUUUGCAGAUGUUCGGCCCUGAGGGAGCUCUGAAGCACAUGCUGAAGGAGGGGAAGGGCCGCAUGCUGCAGGCCAUCAGCCCGAGGCAGAGCCCCAACAGCAGCCCCAGCCGAGACGAGCGCUCGCCCUCCCCCACCUUCCGCCUCCCUUUCUUCUCCAAGACCUCCCCUCCACCCUCGCCGCCCCAUCCCAGCGGAGCGCGUGGAUACCUGAUCAGCGAGGACGACGAUGAAGACGACGACGAUGAUGACGACGAGGAGGAGGACGACAACUGAACCUAAGUCUGAUGACGUCGGCGCCGCCGAGCCUCAGUUAGCACUACCAGUAACGAGAGUUGUCAACGCUGGGUGGCCUUCCAGGAGCUCCUGGCUGCGGCUGUUUUUAAUCGUGUUCAUCGAUGAUUAUUAUUUUUAUCUUUUUUUUGUUUUGUUUUUUAGCACUUCAGCGUCAUGUUACCUUUGACAGCCAGGUUAACAGCUCCUCUUUUUUUUUUCUUUUUUUUUUUAGCAGUCGGUUCCCAUCUUCUUGUUUCUGUGUACUGGUCAGUAAAUUACAACUAGACACCCCGAGUUCUUUGAAAGUUAGUUUAUGAAUCUGUUACUAUUUUUUUCUGUUGGUAAUUAGUCGCGCACUGUCACUUAGCAAUAUUUUCAGGUGUUAGCCUUGGUGCACUGCCUCCAUCUGUGACUAUUCCUAAAGUUUGCGUCGUGGCGCCGGGGACGUUCUGGUUACGGCUUUAGCAUUGGGUGAGGGAGGGCCUCGCUGUUUUUUUUUUUUUUUUUUUUUUUGGGGUGACUUGAGUUGCACCAGAAGGUUUAAUUUGGAUUCACAAUCAUGACACGGUUUUAAUUAUCUGCUUGUUCGCUGCAGAAUUUACCCUCAAAAUAAGGCACCUGAAACCAAUAACAUCCGAUUACAUCAGAUCUAAGCUGAAUCUGAGUAUAACAGGUCAACCAAGCCACAACAUUGUUUUCUGAGUUUUAGCUUGUCUAUGGUGGAGCUUGGUGUGCCCACGUAUAUGCACGGCAUUGUUUGUACGUCAGCAUGUUUAACGUAUCCCUUAAAGGCAUCUGUCUUGUUACCAGAUGCUGGGUUCAGCUUACUAGUUCCUGCAUAUAGUAAAUAAAUUAGCUUUGAAAUUUUUACUAUCUGCUGACGAGAAUCGGUCUUUGAAAGACUAGUUUUAAACUAGACGCCUUUAAGUGGCGUGGAUGAAUGGAUGACGCAUUUAAAUCUUGGUGUGGAAAUGUUUAUUUUUUUAGCGUUUCAUCCCAGGUUUUUUUUUCACUCUCUCUUCCCCUCGCCUUAUUCUUCCCUGAGCAGAGAAUCAAUAUAAGCAAGGUGCAACUUACAUAUUGUUUUGUGUCCUGUAACAUUGUCCUACAGAUCUGGAGCUGUGAGUAAGUGAUUUAACUUUGAUACAUUGUUACAAGACAAAGUAUUAGGCUUUUGACUUUCAAAACAUACACAUUUGUAAAACCAUUAAAUGGUGUACUGUAAGUUUAGUCAUUG